AUGCCACGAGCAGGACCGCGUGUCUGUUAUGAAUGCCGCCGCGAGGGCCAUCUCGCUCGCAACUGCCCAAACCUGCAGUUUAUGCAGGCUUUCGCGCGGUCUCUUGCGGCAAGUAUUGUUACACUUUUGACCAACUUCAAUGCUCUAACCAUCCAAAAGGGCCCUGUCGCUUGGUCUCGUGGUCCUGGGCGCCGUCGUGGUGGCGGCUCUCGCGGGCUUGGCCGCUCCAGCCAUGGAAACCGAAACCACUACACCACCACCCCCAGACUCUCCACCCCCACCAUCAGCACCAACUACACCACCACCGCCGCCACCGACACCACCGACACCACCGACACCACCACCGCCGCCACCGACACCACCGACACCACCGCCACCGACACCACCACCACCGACACCACCGCCACCGACACCACCACCACCGAUACCACCGCCACCACCGAUACCACCGCCACCACCGACACCACCGCCACCACCGACACCGACACCACCACCGACACCGCCAACACCUCCACCAGCACCAUCGACCACGACCACGACCACCUUAUGCCCGACUCCACCGACCACCACUAG